ACAGGGCGGGGCGUCAAGAUGGCGGUGCCGAGCCCAGGAAGAACAUCAGAGAUUGUAUCCUUUCUGUACCACUUGUCCCUCCAUGCCAGCAUCCUGGAGAAAACUGCCUCAAGUGGAUUCCUAUCUUCUGCCCAGUGCUGGGUGUGUGCUCCUGAGUUUUCCAUCAGUGUCAUCCACAGGAAGCACAACUGGGACCACAUUGCUUCCAAAGGAAGAUGUUUUGUGCAGGUUUAGCUGGGAUUUUCCCCUGAUGGGCUCCUGCUCCUGCUGAAAGCCCUUUAGCCCCUCUGCAGUCAUGACUUCAACCAUUUUCUUAGGAAAGGAGGUUAGAAAUUGGAUUUAUGGACUGGUGGACACACCCCCUGCAUCACAGCUCACAGACAGCUGACACAGCUGACAAGGGGUAGUAAAAGCAGCUCUCAGUAGUAACUUCCUCCUCUCUUAUGGUCCUGCUUUACGUAAAUGGGAUUUAUUACAUCGUCUACUUCUUGGCAACUCUUGCAAUGAUCAUUUACAAGAGUCAAGUUUUCAGUUAUCCAGAUGAUCUUUUGGCUCCUGAUCUUGCCGUGCUUUUCCUUAUGGCCAUUCUGGAAGUGCCUCGAUUGUACUUGGGUUUCAAGGGUAACCUGACAGAAGCAGAGGCGCCGCUGGGGCUGAGCCUGGGGAUCACGGUGGGCAGCGUGGUGCUGUGUGUGUACCUGCUGCUGUGGCAGACCUACGUGCUGUGGGCAGAUGUGCUCCUCAACGCGGUGCUGCUCUCAGCCUAUGGGCUCGAGUCGGGAUUCAAGGUCACGGCCAUCGCCGCCUUUGUCAGCUGAGCCCGGCCCCUUCCCACCCACUCCUUCUCUGAAAGACCGGGCCUUCGUUUCCACUACUAAAUUCCUUUGUAUAUAAAAACCCUGCAAAGCUUUUCUCUGUUUAAAUUAGCAGUUUUGGGGACAUAGAUGUCCUGCCCAGGAGCUGUGUGAUGCUGUCCACCAUUGGCUUAUUUAUGGGCAAAGGCAAGGGAUGAACAGCAAAACACUUCACACUCUGGCAUUCAGCAGGGAUCAGUACUAAAUAUCCAUUCCCAGCACAGGACAGGAGCCAGUGCUGCUGGCUUGGUGGGAGUUUUCAUGGCACAGCAGCAACGUGCAGCCCAAGUGACACAGAAAUGAAUCAGGCCAAGGCUCACUUGUGCCUUGCCACACACACGUCCGUGUUCGAGGGCACAGCUGCUCUGCUGCUCUCAUUUGUUUCCAGACCUCAGUGGUAAUUUCCCUGACUUUAGUAGGGCAGAACCUGAUGUAUCCCAGUGGGGGAGAGUGGAACUGGGUUUUGUGCAUACCCAGAGAGCCAAGCCACAAGGUUUGGCAGCCAGUUCUUACACACUACGUGAGGGGAUGUUUGGUUAAACAGGAUGGCUUUAAAAUGAACAAAACCAUUCACCAUUCAUUCUCUCUUCUGUCCUGUUUAAAAGUCCAACAGAAUGUUGGCAGGUUUAUUUAUAUUUCGUGUUAAAAGUGCUUAUUUCUACUAUUUUGCAAAAAUUACUACAUUCAAGCCUGUGUUUUAACUUCUAACUGGUGCAAGGGCAGAGUUUUUUACUGUUUCAAAAAUAGGUUUUAAUGGAAAACUUUGGGAGUUCCUGGGGUUUUGAAGAAGCCUAUUUUCUAUUCAGAAUUUUCUAUUUUUGUAUUUAUUUAUUCAUUCAAAUAAAUAAUGGUUUAGAUCUAA